GCACGCACGCGCUAGCCCCGCCCUUCCAUUCCGGAGUCUCCUUGGUGGGCCUUGGUCAGCGCGCAUGCGCAGCGUGGUCCGGACCGGACCCUGUGUGAAUCGGGGGCGAGGCCGCAGUUCUCCCAGAUAUGGAAUUUCAGAGGGUGAGCCCGUAGGGGGACUCUAUCUGCUUCUCUUCAAGGCUAUCUUCUGAUGAAGGACUCUUGGCAGGGAAAUAAGGGCUGCUCUCAAGUGUGAUGGUCACAAGAAUGUCGGCAGCAUGGAACACAAUGGACCUCGAUUAGGACACAAAAGGUAAUUGGGGUUCUGUCCCUGCCAUGGCUCUUCCCCCUCCUCCACCACAGUUCGUGCUUCGAGGCACGCAGUCAGCAGUAAAUUCCCUGCAUUUCUCCUGCAGAAGCCAGGCACAGAGCCCCCCCCUCCUGUUCUCUGGAUCCCUCAGUGGCCUGGUACAUGUCUGGAACCUGCACACCCGAAGAGUGGACGCCACACUGGACGGACAUGGAGGGCAGUCUGUGUACUGGGUGAAGACUCUGGGAGACCAACGCUUGUUACUCAGCCAAGGACGAGACCUAAAGUUGUGCUUGUGGGACCUGGCCGAGGGCCGGCGUGCCCCGGUGGAUUCGCUGUCUCUGGACAGCGUUGGCUUCUGUCAAGGAUCCGUGCUCCGUGGAGGGGCCCAGGAAUGCUGGCUGCUGGCCGUGCCCGGGAGAGGAACGGAGGAGGUUCAGGUUUUGGACAUGCCGUCCAAGACGUCAGUCUGUACCUUGAAGCCAGAGGCCGGUGCCAAAGCGGGCAUGCCCAUGUGCCUGGAGCUGUGGCAGCCUGCCUCCAGCUCCCAUCCACUCCUCCUGGCUGGGUACGAAGAUGGCUCUGUGAUCCUGUGGAACGUCUCCGAAAGGAGAAUGCUGAGCCGGCUCUCAUGCCACAAGGAGCCAGUCAUGAGCCUUGACUUUGACUCCAGAAAGGCCAAAGGGGUGUCAGGCUCCUCAGAGAAGGCACUCUGCGUCUGGGGCCUGGAUGAGCAGCAGAAUCUGAAGGUUUGCAGAACUCAGGAGCUCACCAACCCUGGUAUAGCGGACGUGGUCAUCCGGCCAGAUGGGAAGAUCCUGGCGACGGCCGGCUGGGAUCAUCGAAUUAGACUCUUUGGCUGGAAGCAGCUAAAGCCCCUAGCAGUCCUGGACUACCACAGUGCAGCUGUUCACUGUGUGGCCUUCUCUGAUCCUGGGCAGCCAAGGGAGCAGCUGCUGGCCGGUGGCUCCAAGGACCAGCGCAUCAGCGUCUGGUCAGUGUAUAACCAGAGCUGAGAGGAGCAAGCUCCUUCCCGGCUCAUCCUUCAGCAGUGGCUCAACAAGGACCUCCAGGGGCAGCGAAGAAUGGGGCCGAAGGGCUGGACACACCUUUUCUCUUUAUAAAAUCCUUAAGUCCAGGUGAGGCCCCACAGCCUGAAAAAGAAAGUUCUCUUUCCAACUGGGCCUCAUUUCCGGGGUACAUAAGAAAUCGAAUGAAACCUCUAAGAAUUAGAAUCAUUCCCCGUUAGGUAAAAAGUCAGAGGAUGGGAAUUGGCUUUUUCCUAAGCCAGAAACUUUGCCUUCAGUAGCCCAAGAAACCUCCAAGUCCCCACUAAUUAAAUCAUUGCAAAUUAAAACCACCCUAAAGUUCUGAAGGCCUCUCACCCAUCAGAUGGGUGAAGUUGGUGAAAAUGGAAAAUAAUAAAUGCUGCUGGGGCUGUGGGAAGGGCAUUCAGGCAUCGUUGUUGGCGCCAUGAAUGGGCCUCCCAUUCUGGAAAGCUUUCUGGAACUGCCCCCCCCCCAACUGUGACUACCCUCUGACCCACUGAGAACGGCUCCUGGGCUCGUACUCUAAAGGGAUCGGGAAGUGGACCCAAAGUUACCAAAACAUUUGGAGCUGGUUUUUGAUUUUUCCUUGAGUGCUGUCAGUUGGGUGGGGAAUGACUGAACAAGUUGGGAUCUAUGAAUAGGAUGGAAUCCUGUUGAGCUGUAAGAAAUGAUGAAGGAAACAGUUUCAGAGAAGCCUGGGAAGACUUGUAGGAACUGAUGCAGAGGGAAGGAGCAGAACCAGAGGAUCAAUUUAGGUGAAAAUAGCAAUAUGAUAAAAAGGGCAAACAGCCAAAAGGCUGGGUCUCUGAGGAGCAAUUCCAGCCAUUGUAGUCUUUCUGCAUAAUCAGGGUGGGGAUUUAUUCUGCUUGACUAAGGGUUUGGCUUCUCUCUGGGGUAAGGGAGGUAGGAGGGAAAGAAAACAGAUUUUUGUUAAGUGAAAAAUAAAUCAAAUUUUACAAAAAAGUAAA